AAUGCUGUGCGGUUGGGUCAAGUAGUAAACGUAUAGUGUUAGGUUAAUGGGCCAUUGGAGCAGCCCAAGAGAAUGAGAAAAAUAAGAAUCAUAUGUGAAUACAAAGGUUGGGUUCGGAAAUGGCACUUUCUAGACUGACAUCGGCGGGGGUUCGUCGGCGAUUACCUUUAGUGGGUGCCUUUUGUAUGCUGAGCUUAGGCUUUCACAAACUCCAUCCCUUCUCCUUUACUCUCUCCACCCCUCCUCGGUUGAGUUCAGGUAGCAAAGCGCAGGGCUAUCAUCGCACUAAUAUUAUAAGAAUGGAAAACACUGUGCCAAGCAUCGUUGUUUACGUCACUGUACCCAACAAAGAAGCAGGUAAGAAACUGGCAGCAAGCAUUGUCAAAGAAAAGCUGGCAGCUUGUGUUAACAGAGUACCGGGUAUCGAGUCAGUGUACCUGUGGGAGGGAGAGAUACAAACAGAUUCAGAGGAACUACUGAUAAUUAAAACCAGAGAAUCUCUUCUGAAUGCACUAACUGAGCAUGUCAAGGCAAACCAUGAAUAUGAUGUGCCUGAAGUGAUUGCAUUGCCUAUAACCGGUGGCAGCAUCCCCUACCUGGAAUGGCUCAAAAACAGCACCAGGGAGUGAUUGAUGUUUGUCGUGUGUAAAAUCAGGUUUUACUCCAGAGAAAGAUUAUGUAUCAUGAAACUGCUGAAAUAAAACGAAAUACAAAUAAAAGGGUGUGUUGUUUCGUUGUUUUUUUUUUUUUGGGUUUCUGGUUAAUCAGCUAUUUCCCGUGAAGUGAAUUACAUUUGGAGCAUUUGGGUUUCAGUUAUUUGGAAUAUGGGUUGUGUA